AUGGCGGGUAGAGGAGACGACCUUCAGGAGGCCGGGUCGUCCCCGUCAUCCUCCACUAACUCUUCUAGUCUUUUAUAUACAAGACUUACACGAAUAUACACACAUGUGCUUAAACAUAUAAAUCCUCUAACAAUUCCAUACAUAAAGCUGCCUCCACUAUCACUUGUACGGCUCCCGCUGUCACUCCCUUGCCUCCCCUCGCCCGCUGUCACUCCCUUGCCUCCCCUCGCCCGCUGUCACUCCCUUGCCUCCCCUCGCCCGCUGUCACUCCCUCGCCUCCCCUCGCCCGCGCCUGCUGUCACUCCCUCGCCUCCCCUCGCCCGCCACUCCCUCGCCCGCUGUCACUCCCUCGCCUCCCUCGCCCGCUGUCACUCCCUCGCCUCCCCUCGCCCGCUGUCACUCCCUCGCCCGCUGUCACUCCCUCGCCUCCCUCGCCCGCUGUCACUCCCUCGCCUCCCCUCGCCCGCUGUCACUCCCUCGCUCGCCCGCUGUCACUCCCUCGCCUCCCUCGCCCGCUGUCACUCCCUCGCCUCCCCUCGCCCGCUGUCACUCCCUCGCCUCCCUCGCCCGCUGUCACUCCCUCGCCUCCCCUCGCCCGCUGUCACUCCCUCGCCCGCUGUCACUCCCUCGCCCUCCCUCGCCCGCUGUCACUCCCUCGCCUCCCUCGCCCGCUGUCACUCCCUUGCCUCCCCUCGCCCGCUGUCACUCCCUCGCCUCCCCUCGCCCGCUGUCACUCCCUUGCCCGCUGUCACUCCCUUGCCUCCCCUCGCCCGCUGUCACUCCCUCGCCUCCCUCGCCCGCUGUCACUUGCCCGCUGUCACUCCCUCGCCCGCUGUCACCCUCGCCCGCUGUCACUCCCUCGCCCGCCCGCUGUCACUCCCUCGCCUCCCCUCGCCCGCUGUCACUCCCUCGCCUCCCCUCGCCCGCUGUCACUCCCUCGCCUCCCCUCGCCCGCUGUCACUCCCUCGCCUCCCCUCGCCCGCUGUCACUCCCUCGCCCGCUGGCCUGUAG